CCCGGAAUAAAGUAGCACCGUACAAGGCUGCGCUACUCCUGAUUUGUCAAGCACGUUAUUUUGCCCAGAAUUGAUAAUCCGCGUCGAUGAUUUGCUGCCACCGCUAACCACCGAUACCACGUGCUCAUCUCCCUCUGAUUUUCUGGCCGCCUCAGAGCUCGAAGUUUCUUGGAUUGCAACAUGAACACCAGAGCAACCCAAAUGCGGGUGAAUAUGCAGUCGCUGGGGCCGAUGCGCCCGCGAGCGCUGCCCAUCGUCGCCGGGCGACUUUUCCACGGUAGCAUUGUCUACAGGAUGAGCAAUGCCUCCCUCUCGUCUCUGGACAAGGCGCAGACUCUCACGGAGAAGAUUGUCCAGCGCUAUUCCCUUGGGCUACCGAAAGACAAGGUUGUGAAGUCUGGAGACUUUGUGACUCUCUCACCUCACAAAUGCAUGACGCACGAUAACUCUUGGCCCGUUGCAUCGAAGUUUAUGUCCAUUGGCGCUACGAAGGUCAACGACCCUAGCCAAAUGGUGUUCACGCUCGACCACGACGUCCAGAACAAGAGCGAUACGAAUCUUAAGAAAUACCAGCAGAUCGAGACCUUCGCCGAACAACAGGGGAUAAGGUUUUUCGGCGCGGGAAAAGGCAUCGGGCAUCAAUUGAUGAUAGAAGAGGGAUACGCAUGGCCUGGCACAGUUACCGUUGCUUCGGACAGUCACAGUAACAUGUAUGGUGGCGUUGGAUGCCUCGGGACGCCCAUUGUCAGAACUGACGCGGCGAGCAUAUGGGCAACUGGCCGAACGUGGUGGCAGGUACCCCCUGUGGCUAAAUGCCACUUCACCGGUGUCCUACCAGUGGGCGUCACUGGAAAAGAUGUAAUUGUUGCACUCUGCGGUCUCUUCAACAGAGACGAGGUCCUCAACCACGCCAUCGAAUUUACUGGAUCCGAGGAGACGAUGCGUAGCCUGCCGGUCGAUGACCGCCUUGCCAUUGCCAAUAUGACAACGGAGUGGGGCGCAUUAUCCGGUCUUUUCCCAAUCGACUCUGUGCUUCUGUCAUGGCUACGAUACAAGGCGACCACGGCGGCGAUGUAUGAGUCAGGCACAGGAAGCAAGGACCGCUUCUCCCAUGCCAUCAUCGAGAACCUCACCACUAGUCCAAUAAGAGCAGACCGAGGCGCUACAUACGCAAAGUCGCUCUUCCUAGAUCUCUCUACGCUCUCUCCCUACGUUUCUGGACCCAAUAGCGUCAAGGUUGCAACGCCACUGCGGGAUCUCGAGGCACAGAAAAUCAACAUCCAGAAGGCGUAUCUCGUCUCCUGUACCAACUCAAGAGCCUCGGAUCUUGCCGCUGCAGCUAAGGUCUUCACUGAGGCUGCUAAGACCGGCGCGUCCCCCAAGGUCGCACCGAACGUUGAAUUAUACAUCGCAGCGGCGUCACUCGCCGAGCAGCAAACAGCUGAAGAAGCGGGUGAUUGGGGCGUCCUUCUCGAGGCUGGUGCCAAGCCGUUGCCAUCUGGAUGCGGGCCAUGCAUUGGUCUCGGCACAGGUCUCCUCGAGGCAGGCGAAGUUGGCAUCAGCGCCAGCAACCGCAACUUCAAGGGCAGAAUGGGCAGCCCAGAUGCGAAGGCGUACCUCGCCAGCCCUGAAGUCGUAGCCGCUAGCGCUUUGAGCGGAUACAUCAGCUGCCCCGGAUUCUACGAGGCACCAGAAGGCGUGACGAAGGUGGUCCUCGGCGAAGGCACUGGCAACAUCGAAGCCGACAAGGCGACCAGCAUCGAAGAGGCGCUCGCGAAGCUGAUCUCCGAGGCCGAUUCGCUCGUCGACAACGCGCAGUCGAGCCUCUUUGGGAAGGCCGAGGAGGUCACGACCGAAAAAGAGGGCGCGGGACUGACUGAGAUCGUUGCGGGAUUCCCGGACAAGGUGAGAGGCGAGAUCGUCUUCUGCGACGCCGACAACCUGAACACUGACGCCAUCUACCCCGGAAAAUACACAUACCAGGACGGCGUCUCGAUCGAGAAGAUGGCCGAGGUGUGCAUGGAGAACUACGACAAGGAAUUCGGCAGCGUCAUCCGUGAGGGCGACAUUCUCGUCUCAGGCUUCAACUUCGGCUGCGGCAGCUCGCGCGAGCAGGCCGCGACCGCGAUCCUCGCGAGCAAGAUCCCGCUCGUCGUCUCCGGCAGCUUCGGCAACAUCUUCUCGCGCAACAGCAUCAACAACGCGCUUCUCGGACUCGAGGUGCCGCGCCUGGUCGAGGGGCUGAGGAAGCAGUUCAGCGGCGCGGACAAGGCGCUCACGCGCAGGACGGGGUGGACGUUUGAGUGGGAUGUCAGGAGGAGCGAGAUCACGGUGCAGGAGGGUGAGGGGGGGGCGAAUUGGACGCAGGCUGUUGGGCAGAUGCCGCCGAAUGUGCAGGAGAUUAUUGCUAGGGGUGGGCUGGAAAAGUGGGUGAAGGCUGAGAUUGGGCUGUGAGAUGGGGAUUAGAUUGAAUUAGAUGUUUGCAUUGUACAGCGGGGGCGGAUUUGGAGCGGUGAGGUCGAAAAGUUUGAAUACAUGGGCGCCAUUUCCGCCUUGUUGCAACUGGUACGCCAGUUCGACGGGUUUGUACAGUACAGUCCUAUUUUCAGAGAAUAGAAGAAUUGAGAACUAUAUAAGCACCG